AUGGAGUUCCAGUCUCGCAUCGCCCAAUACUCUCUCGACGAGAUGAUGAUCGAUGAUGCAAGCGCAUCCCUAGACAGCUGCAUGGGCAAGCACCCUUGCGAUCUCGAUGCAGCAUUCCACGAACUCGACUUCCCCAGCCCGCCAUCCACAGAGGAAAUCUCCGACACAGAGACAGAAGCUGCGACAGAGAUCGCAGAAGAGACAGAGGGCAAAAAGGCGCUGCCCUCCCGUCUAGAAGUCAGCUUCACCACGCCCUUGGACGGCUUUGACCCAUUGCAGCGCAGGUUAUCCAGGCUUACACACAGACUUCGCCACAGCGUUCUGUAUUUCUUGGCUCUGUACGGUAUCUCGAUUCAAUAUGCCUUGUAUCCCAUUGAGGAAAGCGGGAUUGGGGGCGUACACAACGCCCUACCGGUUGUGCUCCUGGUUGCGACAGACGAUGUGCCAGUGUCAAUGUGGAGGAAAGGUGUGAAGCGCGCAUAUGAGUAUCUUGUGGACGUUGGGUGUUUCCCAGCUAUCGACAUCCCUGUGCUGGGAAAAGAGGCUCGAUCAGAAGACGGACUGGACAUGCAGAUGAGCCGGGAGUGCAAGGUGUAUCUUGCAAAGCUAGUUACUCGUGACUGA